CACCAACGAAGCCUAUUGUCGAGCUACUUCUCCAGACAUGAUAUUAUGAUGGUCUAACCAUCGACAUGUCCGAGUCAAAGAAAGGAAGAUCUCGCAAUGGAUGCUUCACCUGUAGAACACGGAAAGUACGUUGUAUCAAUGCAGAUCAACGGUCUAUUCCGUCCACGUCUGGCAGAGGAGCAGACAGGUUCUGCUCUAACUGCGAAAGACUGGGCUUAGAAUGCCGAUGGAGUGCGCCUGAAGCUGGCGAAGAGUACACUCCACCACCGAAGCGCAGGAGACAGAGUGUACGGAAAAAUCUCCCUCCGACUGCAGCCACCAAUGCUGUAGACCCUGAUGCCAGUCUUGCAGCCGCUUCAUCAAGCUUAAGUUGCAUCGAAGCGCAGCAGCCGACGCUGACUGAAGCUGAUCAAUCGUUGCCACAACUUGACUUCUCAGAUCCUCUGUUUGGGGUAGACUUGGAUCACUGGGAAAUGGACCUCCCUUUUGACAGUCUCGACUUUAUGAUAUCGGUGCCAUCCUCUCCGCUAGCAUCGCAUCCGACACAAGUGAACCCACCUUCGGGAGACAGUCGCCCACCUCUGGAAAUCUCGUGGAAUCUCCAAAGCUUGACAGGGGAUUUCCGUGGUCUGUCUUCUUCUAUCACAGACGAGAACAGGCGCUUGAUCGAGCAUUAUCUUCAAGCUCUGCAGGGCUACUCUAAACUCGCAGACCACCCAAGAGACUCAAAUCUAUUUCUUUCUGCCUUUUCUGCCUCCCUUUCUUUCCCACCUCUCUUCUAUGCCGUACUGGCGUUUUCCUCGGCACACCUCGCCAUGAACGACCCAUCCUUCACCGAUCAAGCCCAAAUGUAUGAUCGAAUGUCUUCGGAGUACUUGGAGAUAUUUCGACUUCAGCAAAAUAUUUCCAUAGAGGGCCUACUCUCUGCAAUUUUUGUCAAAGUCAAAAAGAUACAUAUUACAGGCGGCAGCAUCGAGCCUUUUCUAAAUUUGAUGCAAAUGGCUGCAGAUAUCCUGAGCAGUGACCAGGGGCGCCAGUAUCUUCGUGGCUCGCCGACACUGGGCAGACGAAUCAUCACUCGUCUCAUAGUCCUAGACGCCCGUGCGGCCUCGUAUCGACUGGGAGGUGGUCAAUUCAUACAUUGCGCCCGCGCCAUAUCGGCUUUAUCGGACAUGUUUCCAAACACAGUCCGAAUUGACCCUGCUACUGAUGGUAUCAUGUGUCUGCUACAAGUUUCCUUACUCCGAAUGCGGGUAGCCGACCUGGACCUUCGUAUCCAUCAGCAAAUGCAAUCUGAAAUCAUCUCAACGCCACCUGUUCGCACGGAGGAGGUCACAUCCCUCUACGCCUCAUUGCAAGCCCAUAUUCGCGCAUGGGAAGUGUCUAUGAAGGUCAGUGUCGAUUUUGAGAACGAGUCAGCCUUACCACCAGAGGGAACUCUCGAUGCGGUGGGUUACAGGGACUACACCGUCUUGUCCGCUCUUCAUUCCACGAGACUCUAUCUCUACUUUAUUUAUCCCUUGCCAAUCUGUCCGGUGCAUCAUUCCGUCUCAACUGUGUUGCAUUGCGAACUAAUGAUACAGAAAGACCCUUCUCGGGCAAACUCGCCUGCCUCGCUUCUGCCAUCCUCACUAUUUUUGGCGGGACUUUGCACAAGCAAUAUCCUUUAUCGUGACUGGGUUCUGAGAAUCUUAAAGCAAGGGGAGCGAUGGGGCAUCUACAUUCGCAAGGUCGGGGAUUUACUCGGAGAUAUUGUUCAAACCCGCCUUCAAGGGUUGCCCGUAGACAUACGCAACGCGAUGGAAAGGGCUACUGGCACAUUUGUGAUCUGACCUGAGCAUUACGCAUUCUAUGAAAAAACAAAUUAUGUCCUAAUGGCUUUCCAAUCUGCAGAUCAUGGAGACUACAUGACAUAUCUAAACGUCUCUUCUUGUUCAAAAUCGGUCUCGUCUGUGAAGUCGAGGCCAACAGAACGACCAACAUACGCUUCGAUUCGAUCACGCCGACCAUUCUCAUAACGAUACCAUACAA